AUGUCUCUCCGUACCCUACUCAUCGCCGGUCUCGCGACCUCCGCUUCGGCGGCCAAGCUCCUCGUUGGCGGCUACGGUCCUACCAGCGCCACCAACGCUAAUGGUUACCUCGACACGCUCGACUACACCAACGGGGCUCUCAAGAAGACAUCUGAGAACACCGAGGCUGGCCCCCAGCCCUCCUGGAUCGACCUUGGCUUAAAGGGAAAGGCCAUCGUCGUUGACGAGGCCUGGAACACCCCGGACACCUCUUCACUGCACACCUUCGAUCUGAACAGCGACGGAAGCCUUAAGCACACCGCAGUCGUAGGCAUUCCCCGAGGUGGCCCGGUAGCUACCCAGCUUUACAACUCCAACAAGAACCUCGCCAUCGCCCACUAUGGCGGCCACGGUAUCACCACCUUCAACGUUGUGAACGGUACCUUCGAGCUCCUCCAGAACAUCGGCUACGCGAACACGACACAUGGCCCCAAGCCCCAACAGGCGGAUGGCUCCCACGUCCACCACUCGGUCCUCGACCCGACCGGUCAGUACGUGAUCUUCCCUGACCUCGGUCUGGACGUCACCCACGUCUUCUGCAUCGACGCCUCCACCGGCAACCUCACCGAGCACGCCGAGCUCAAGGCUCCCUCGGGCUAUGGCCCCCGCCACGCCGCCUUCUGGAAGUCUGGCAACAAGACCUACCUUUUCGUAAUCCACGAGAUCGCCUCCAAAAUCAUCUCGUACGAAGUCACCUACGUCCGCUCCGGCGGUCUCACCUUCAAGCAGAUGGACGAACAGUCCACGUACGGACCCACUGCCGACCCCGCCGUAACCCAGUACGGUGCUGCCGCCGAGAUCGCCGUCUCCCCAGACAACAAGUUCCUCGUCGCCUCCAACCGCAACGUCACCCUCCAGCAGGUGCCCAACGUCGACCCCUCCAAUAGCACCCAGAUCGACUCUAAUUCCAUCGCUACCUUCAAGCCCAGCUCCAACGGCAAGCUCUCGUUUGUCCAGCUCGCUCCUUCUGGUGGCCUUUUCCCCCGCCACUUCGAGCUCAGCAAGGACGGCAGCCAGAUCGCCGUCGCUAACCAGAACUCCGGCAACGUCCGCAUCUACACGCGUGACGUUGCAUCUGGAAAGAUUGGCGCGCAGCAGGCGGCUAUUGCUGUGCCGGGACAGCCUAACAACGUGCGCUGGUUGUAG